AUGUUGCCUCUUGAAGGCCGCAGCCAAAUCAAUCUUCAUCGUUACUACACCCUGCCUUGGAAUCGCACUGACCACCGUAUGUCUACGAUGCUUUGUGCGGCUUCGACUUGUCAGAGCCUUUGGCUGGGAUGA